AUGGCUAUCAACUCCGCCCCCGAGAGCUCCCUCCUUUCCCUCCUCUACCGCUCCUACCCCGCCGCCAUCUCCCCCGACGAGACCGAGCCCGACCUCCUCGCCGCGAACCCCAAGAUCUUCCCUGUGACCUACAGUGACGCCGAAACAGCGGACAUCAAGCAAUGGCUCGCCACGACCUCUAGCCUGCAGAGCGCCCUCGGCAAAGACGACAAGUCUGCGGUCUCAGAUAUCCUUGCCCAGGUCAACACCCACCUCGCCACACGCACCACCAUCCUCGGAAACAAGGCCUCCGUCGCAGACGUCGCCGCCUACGCACUUCUCGCCCCCGUCGUCGAGAAGUGGUCUCCGGAAGAGCGCACUGGUGAGAAUGGAUAUCACCACAUCGUCCGCCACGUCGACUUCGUCCAGAACAGCCGUGUUUUCGCGCUGCAGGUUCCCGAGGAGGAGAAGGUCAAGAUUGACGUGAACGACGUCCGAUUCGUACCGAAGCCCGUUGACGCCAAGGCCGAGAAGGAGCGCAAGAAGAAGGAGAAGGCUGCUGCCCAGGGCGCUGGUGCCGAGCAGACCGUCGUUGUUGGACAGACCAAGCCCGAGAAGGCUGCCCCUGAGGCCGCCCCUGCCGCUGGUAAGGCCGAGGGUAAGCCCAAGGAGAAGAAGGAAAAGAAGCCCAAGCAGCCGAAGCCCGCUCCCGCCCCUGCGGCGCCGCCAUCCCCAUCUCUCAUUGACCUCCGUGUCGGCCACAUUCUCCGCGCCAUCAACCACCCCAACGCCGAUUCCCUCUACGUCUCUACCAUCGACUGCGGUGAUGCUCCUGGCACAGACAACACCUCCGUGGACGAGGAAACCGGCAAGACCGUCCGUACGGUAUGCUCUGGUCUGAAUGGUCUUGUUCCCCUUGCCGAAAUGCAGGGCCGCAAGAUCGUCGCCGUCUGCAACCUGAAGCCCGUUACCAUGCGUGGCAUCAAGUCCUGCGCCAUGGUUCUGGCCGCUUCUCCCCGCGUUGCCGAGGGCGAGGACUCUCACGCUGGUCCCGUCGAACUUGUUACUCCCCCCGCAGAUGCUCCCGCCGGUGACAGGAUAUACUUUGAGGGCUGGAACGACGGCGAGCCCGAGAAGGUGCUCAACCCCAAGAAGAAGGUCUGGGAGACUUUCCAGCCUGGUUUCACCACUACCGAUGCCCUGGAGGUUGCUUUCGAGAGCAGCGCUGUUCCUGUUGCUCAGAGCCAGGAGGGCAAGCCUGCGCUUGGUAAGCUGGUUGCCAAAUCCGGCGGUGUGUGCACAGUCAAGAGCCUGAAGGGAGCCACUGUGCGGUAA